AUGCCUCAUGUCUCUCCUACUGUUACCGGCAAAGUCGUCGGACCCAUUGGCUUCGGACUUAUGGGAUUCACUCGCCCCUGGGCGCCUAUCGAGUAUUCCGCUGCGACGAAAGUCAUGAAAACCGCCCUCGAGCAAGGCGCGACAUUCUGGAACGGGGGUAUCCACUACGGCUCACCGACCUCCAACUCCCUGCACCUCCUCAAGCACUACUUCACUCAGUACCCCGAAGACGCUGACAAGGCUGUUUUGAGCAUCAAGGGCGGCUACGAUGUCUCCACACACAGUCCCGACGGCAGCCCCUCGGGGGUGCGCGCUUCCGUGGAGGAAGCGCUCGCCGUGCUGGACGGCGUGAAGAAAAUUGAUAUCUUCGAAUGUGCGCGCGUUGACCCCAACGUUCCGAUCGAGACGACCAUUGCAGCGCUCGCGCAGCUCGUGAAGGAGGGCAAGAUCGGGGGCAUCGGGCUUAGCGAGGCCAGCGCGGCGACGAUCCGCCGUGCGCAUGCGGUGCAUCCCAUUGCAGCGGCGGAGAUCGAGCUGAGUCUUUUUACAAUGGACCCGCUGCGGAAUGGGAUCGUCGAUGCUUGUUGCGAGUUGGACAUCCCCCUCAUCGCAUACAGCCCCCUCGGCCGUGGCUGGCUGACCGGUCAACUUCGGCAGCAUUCAGACCUCGCUGAAAGUGAUAUGCGUCGCAUGCUGCCCCGUUUUCAAGCUGAUGUGUUUGAUCACAACUUCGGACUUGUUGAAGCGGUCGAGGGCAUUGCGAGGCGGAAGGGGGUGACGGUUGCUCAGGUGGCUAUUGCUUGGGUUUGUGCCCAGGGCGCUAUACCGAUUCCUGGUGCAACGACUGAGGAGAGGGUCUUGGAGAAUAGCAGAAAUGUUACGCUGUCCGCGGAGGAGCUGGGUGUUCUUCAGAGUGUGCUUGACGAGUUUGAGGUAAAGGGGGAGCGGUAUGGUGGGAGGCAUGAGCAUUUGUUGAAUUUGUAG